AACCUCCCGCCAAAACAUAUUGCCGCGCCAUUGCCAUUCAUCACUCCUAUAUCUUCAGCGUUUUCACUCUUACAUUUGUCGAGUUAACCCUAGAUCCAAUUCUCUCUUCUCUCCACCGCGGCACCACCGAAUCCAACCUUAUCCAAGGUUGCAAAGUGCUUUGUACAUUUGCUGGGCCGGACAAUUAAGUGGUUUGAAAUUCUCAUGUCAAACCUAGGAAGAGAAAACCGAAUGAAGCGGUGUAGUCAUCUUCAUUAUAUCAAAACUUUCAAAGGUGGGUUUGUUACAGAAGUCCUUAAUGUAACUCGUGGGAGACCAAAACUUAAAUUCAAAAAUCUUUCAGAUAUACAUGAACGCGAGAGUUUGUUGUCUGAUGAUGAUGAUGAUGAGGCAAAGGCUGUAAGGUUGUGCAUUGAUGUAAUGGAGGAAGGAAUAGUGAAAACUGAAUCUGAUGUUUGGGCAUGUGAUGAUGAUGGUGAUGUUCAGACAAUCCAUAACAUGGAUGAUGAGGUUGGUGGAGAUGAUGAUAUUUCCAUUUUAACACUCAAGCAAAUUAAAGAUGUCUGCAAAACAAGGAAGAGAAAACGCUCACAAGGUCUCGACUCUUUGAACAUAAAAAUAAAAAUUGAUGAUCCAUCAUCCCCGGAAGACCACAUGGAAAAGCAGCAAACAGAAGAUGAUCCUGAUUUCAUGGAGACUCUCAGUAUCUUGAAAACUAAAUUAUCAAAGAAUAUGAAGACCAAGAAGAAGAAGUGCGUGAAGGACCACCCAAUGUCGUCCCCAAAGAUUGUGCCAGUUGACCAAUCAGAAGAGAUACUAGACGGUCAAGAGUUCUCACCCUCUAGUGGAGAUUCAACUGGUCUUGCUGAAGUUAAAUUUGAUUGUCCUGAAAGUGAUUGUUUCAAUGGGCAAGAUGACUGUUCCGGUAGAGAAAGUAAAGAAGACCACUCAAUGUCUUCCCAAGAGGCUGUGCUAGUUGACCAAUCAGAAGAGAUACUAGAUGGUCAAGAGUUCUCACCCUCUAGUGGUGAUUCAGCUGCGCCUGUUGAAGUUAAAUAUGAUUGUCCUGAAAAUGAUAGUUUCGAUGGGCCAGAUGACUGUUCCGGUAUAGAAAGUAAAGAAGACCACUCAAUGUCUUCCCAAGAGGCUGUGCUAGUUGACCGAUCAGAGGAGAUACUAGAUGGUCAAGAGUUUUCACCCUCUAGUGGUGAUUCAGCUGCCCCUGUUGAAGUUAAAUUUGAUUGUCCUGAAAAUGAUUGUUUCGACGGGCCAGAUGGCUGUUCCGGUCGAGAAAGUAAAGAAGACCACCCAAUGUCUCCCCAAGAGAUUGUGCUAGUUGACCAAUCAGAAGAGAUACUAGAUGGUCAAGAGUUCUCUCCCUCUAGUGGAGAUUCAGCUGCUCCUGUUGAAGUUAAAUUUGAUUGUCCUGAAAAUGAUUGUUCCGACGGGCCAAAUGACUAUUCCGGUAGAGAAAGUAAAGAAGACCACCCAAUGUCUUCCCAAGAGAUUGUGCUAGUUGACCAAUCAGAAGAGGUACUAGACGGUCAAGAGUUCUCGCCCUCUAGUGGAGAUUCAGGUGCUCCUGUUGAAAUUAAAUUUGAUUGUCCUGAAAAUGACUGUUCCGAUGGGCCAGAUGACUGUUCCGGUGGAGAAAGUAAAGAAGACCACCCAAUGUCCUCCCAAGAGAUUGUGCUAGUUGACGAAUCUGAAGAGAUACUAGACGGUCAUGAGUUCCCACCGUCUAGCAGGGAUUCAGCUGCUGUUGUUGAAGUGAAUUUUGAGCGUCUUGAGAAUGAUUGUUUCAAUGAGCCAGAUGACUGUUCUGGUAAAGAAAGUAAAGAAGACACAGAAAUAACUCCAGAGUGGAAUUUGCAGAAUGAAUUUUUAAAUAACAAAUGGAUUGACUUUUUUCAUGUUCCACUACGGAUGGUGAAGCCAUCUGAUAAGGAUAUUGUUAUAAGUAAUUCUGAUGAACUAAGCAGCAACCAGUUUGCAAGCUUUCCUGCAAUUGAAUUUGAAGACCACAAUAACUCUGAUAUUUUUGACAAUCAACUUGAUGAUGACGCUGAUGUACCAGUCUCACCACCUGAAGUGGCUAGUGAUAAAGAUCUUGACUUUGUAGGUCUGGAGGUUAGAGAUGAUAAUACUUUACUCACUGAUUGCAGUGAAGAUGAAUAUACAGCUGUUGCUGAGAUUCUAUAUAACUCCUGCUCCACUAAUGAACAUGGACUCAAUCCUGAUGGGUAUCUGGUUUGUCGCUCAGAUGAUUCACCUGAAUACGAGAAGCAAUCAUUUGCUUCCGAAGGUGAUGAUGACAUUGGUACACUAGUCUCACCACCUAAAGUGGCUAGUCAUGAUUUGGAGCUUAGAGAUGAUAAUACUUUACUUGAUGACUGCAGUAAAGAUGAAUCUACAGAUGGGGCUGAGGUUCAGGAUAAACUCUGCUCCACUACUGAACAAGGCCUCAAUCCAGAUGGAUGUCCGGUUCGUCUCUCUGACGAUUCACCUGAAUACGACGCGAAGCAAUCUUUUGUUUCCUUAUAUGAUGGUGAGAGGAUACAUGUUAAAGAGGCUACUGAUGAAUUGACUUCUUGUGAUGAACAUGAAGGUAGUUCAAAGCUGCAUGGUCCUGAAAGGUUAUUGUCAACCAGAAAGGCCAUUUCACCAUCUUCUCAGGAAAAGCUCUGCAAGGCCAUGGAGACCAUUGAUAUCAGUCAUAGAAACAAUCUAAAAUGCAAAGGAAAACUACAGUUUACAGAGCCGACUGAUAAGAAUGGUGAUGCAGAAAGGCCUAGUGUUGUCUCGAGAACUGCAGUUACUAAUAACCCUAACAAAAAUAGAGUUAUUCCAAAGACUUCUAGAAGUGGUUCCAAUCUUCAGGGCGCUUCCAAGAUUCGUAAUUCUUCUCGUUCAGCAACUCAUCUGGGGUGCAGCACUCUACAGAAUUGCUCGAAAAGUGCUAUUGCAUUUUCAAAGCAGCAGAUGCAUGAUGCAGAGAGUCUCACUAUGAAACUCACAAAAGAGUUGAAUUCAAUGAAGGAAAUUAUGGAUGACAUGUUAAGAUCUGAGUUCUGUCUAAAUACAUCUUUGAGAUAUAAAGUAAACGAGGCAAGAAUGGCAGUCAAGAAUGCUACAAAAGCUGAAGAAGGUGCAAAACGGUGGCUGUCUUUCAUGUCAAGGGAUUGCAACCGUUUCUGUAAAAUAAUGAAAUUAGCCGACAGUAGUUCUUCAACUCCACAAAAUGUAGUCUCACCUCCACAAGAUGUAGUGCGUAAAGGGAAAAAAAUAGCAUUCGCUGAUGAAGCAGGUGGAAAGCUGUGCCAGGUUAGGUUCUAUGAGGAUGAUGAGGGACAUUUGCCAGAAUCUAAGUGAAAGGGAGGGAAUGUUGCUUUUAUAACGGGUUGUUUUCUGUAUAUUAACCUUCUUAAUACUUGUAUUACUAAUAAGAUUGAUUGGUUAGAAAUGUUUUAUACUUGAUAGACAAAGGGAAUUAUUGCAGCAAGUUCAUUCACUUGAUACUUUAUAUCCGGCCGAGUUGAAUCAAAUUUUCAAUGACUUAAUUCUUUA